CAUACAGGAUGCAGAUCAUAGUGCAGUUUGAAACUCUCUCUCUCUCUUCACACAAAAGUGUAUGAUGAUGAAGAGCCACACAUUCCUAAGGAUCAUUUUUCUUUUUAUGUUUCUUGGAUGGCUAACAGUUUGGAUCUUGUUGCCCACAAAGGUCUACAAAAACACAUGGACUCCCAAGCUAGAAAUCAAGCUCAAUUCUACAUACUUUAGAGAGCAAGGGGUAAAUAUUCUGCUUUUCACAUUCCCUAUCAUGUUCAUUGGAGCUCUGGGUUGUAUAUAUCUCCAUCUUCAUCGUGAGAAAACAACACAAAAGUUACCCUCCACAAGUACUGGCGCUCUAAAAAAAUGUUUAUGUUUCCUGAGACGUCCAUUCCUGGUGAUGCCUACAAUUGGAAUUGUUUCAGCUAUGGAGCUUAUUUUUGCAAUCAUGUUUGUUGCACUUUUGAUAUGGUCCCUUUACAAUUACUUAAGUAUCAGUUUUGCUCACCUCCAUAUGCACAAAGAAGGCGAAAAAGUAUGGGAAGCGAAGUUCAGGAGUGUAUUUUUGAGACUAGGUUACAUAGGAAACAUAUGUUGGGCAUUUUUGUUCUUUCCGGUUACAAGAGGGUCUUCCAUUCUGCGUCUUGUUGGACUCACAUCUGAGUCAAGCAUCAAAUAUCAUAUCUGGCUUGGACAAUUAUCUAUGGUUCUUUUUGCUGCGCACACCAUAGGUUUUUUCAUAUAUUGGGGCAUCACCAAUCAAAUGGUUGAGGCGUUAGAGUGGAGCAAGACAUAUGUAUCCAAUGUAGCUGGAGAGAUUGCAAGUUUAAUAGCAUUAGCUAUGUGGAUAACAAGCAUUCCACAAAUAAGGCGCAAGAUGUAUGAAGUAUUCUUCUACACUCACCAUCUCUACAUUCUCUAUAUCUUAUUCUAUGCCAUCCAUGUUGGAGUUGAAUACAUGUGUAUGAUUGCUCCUGGGAUUUUCCUAUUCCUCAUUGAUAGACACCUUAGAUUCUUACAAUCUCGCCAACAUGCUCGGUUACUAUCAGCUCGCCUUUUACCUUGUGAUGCCCUUGAGCUCAACUUCUCCAAGGAUCCUAGUUUAUACUAUAACCCCACAAGUUUGGUGUUCAUAAAUGUUCCAAAGGUUUCCAAGCUGCAAUGGCACCCUUUUACGGUGUCUUCUAGUUGUAAUUUGGAGACGAACUGCCUUAGUGUUACAAUUAAAAAUGUGGGCAGCUGGUCAAACAAGCUUUAUCAAGAACUUUCUUCUUCAUCUUUGGAUCAUCUUAAUGUCUCAGUUGAAGGACCCUAUGGACCACAUUCUGCUCAGUUUCUAAGGCAUGAGCAGAUUGCAAUGGUGAGUGGUGGAAGUGGCAUAACUCCAUUUAUAUCUAUAAUCCGUGAUCUCAUAUUUCAAAGCCAACAACAAGAAUUUCAACCUCCAAAACUCCUACUUGUUUGUAUUUUCAAAAACUAUGUUGAUCUAGCCAUGUUAGAUCUUAUGCUUCCUGUUUCUGGUUCAACAACUCAAAUUUCACAGCUUCCGUUACAAAUUGAAGCUUACAUCACAAGAGAAAAAGAAGAGCCUUCAAGAGAUACUCAAAAACAAAUCCAAACUAUAUGGUUUAAAACAAACCUCUCAGAUUCUCCUAUCUCAGCUGUAUUAGGCCCAAAUAACUGGUUAUGGCUUGGUGCUAUAAUCACAUCAUCGUUCAUCAUGUUUCUCCUCCUUUUAGGAAUUGUUACUCGUUACUAUAUUUAUCCAAUUGAAAAUAACACAGGUGAAGUGUAUAACUGGACUUCCAAGGUUAUGUGGUACAUGUUUCUACUAUGUGCGUGUGUAUGUAUAUGUUCUAGUGUUGUAUUUCUUUGGUGUAAGAGACAGAACACUAUAGAAAAUAAGCAAAUAAUGAAUGUAGAAGUUCCAACACCAACAAGAUCACCAGGGUCAUGGAUUUAUGGUUCAGAAAGAGAGCUUGAAAGCCUUCCUCAUCAAUCUUUGCUGCAAGCUACCAAUGUACAUUUUGGUGCAAGACCUGAUCUCAAGAAAAUUCUGUUUGAGUGUAAAGACAAAGAUGUUGGAGUUAUGGUUUGUGGUCCAAGAAAAUUGAGACAUGAAGUUGCUAAAAUUUGUGCUUCUGGUUUGGCUGAUAAUCUUCACUUUGAGUCCAUCAGUUUUAAUUGGUGACCUACAAUGUUGCAUCAAUGUACAUGUCGUAUAUAUAUGCCUUCUACCAUCUCUAAAAUGUACGUGUUGAUUCUUCUAUAUUAUAAUUAGGCAAUGUGAAGAAGUGCAAUUGCACAUGUGUGCUUGUACAUGAAUUAAUGUCUUUUUCAUUAUUAGGCCAUUGUGAAGAAGUGCAAUUGCACAUGUGUGCAUGAAUUAAUGUCUUUCUUUCCUCUAUGUUUUGCAUGAAUUAACUGUGAUGACCAAAGAAAGAGUACAUUACUACAUUUAAUAAUAAAAGGAGAGUGGACAAAACUCUUAUACAUUCUGCCUCA